GCUUUCUCCCCUCAGUCGACGGCGGGAGGUUGGUUGGAGCCCUCGUUCUUCGGCCGCUCUUCCCUUCCUUCCCGAUGGAGGCCGCCGAGGUGGAAUUCCUGGCAGAGCGAGAGAUGGUCACCAUCAUCCCCAACUUCAGCCUCGACAGGAUUUACCUCAUCGGGGGAGAGCUGGGUCCCUUUAACCCGGGGCUGCCCGUGGAAGUGCCCCUCUGGCUGGCUGUCAACCUGAAGCAGAGGCAGAAGUGCCGGCUGGUGCCUCCAGAAUGGAUGGACGUGGAAAAGCUGGAGCAAAUUCGAGAUCAGGAGCGCAAAGAGGACACUUUCACCCCAAUGCCUAACCCUUUUUACAUGGAAUUAACAAAGUUGCUGCUGAACUAUGCUGCAGAUAAUAUUCCAAAGGCAGAUGAGAUAAGAACUUUGGUUAAGGAUAUGUGGGACACUCGAAUGGCGAAACUUCGUGUAUCUGCAGACAGCUUUGUCAGGCGGCGGGAAGCUCAUGCCAGGCUGGAUAAUCUGACUCUGAUGGAGAUCAACACCACUGGUGCUUUCCUCACCCAAGCUUUGGAUCACAUGUACAAACUCCGAACAAACCUCCAGCGGGGAGAGAGUGUCCAGUCCCAGGACUUUUGACAGCAGGGAUUUUUCAUGGAAAGAAUAUUCCCUUAAGCAACCACCUCUCUGGCAUUACUGCCUUCGGAGCAAAACUGUGCUGUGACAGAUUGCGAGGUAGCGUUCUUCAUAGCAUUUGCUUGUGGGAAAAAACAAUCUGCUAAAUGAUCCACAGCCUGGAACCUAAUCCAGUCUGCCAGUGCUACCAAGGAGUUGGCAAGGUCCUUGGCAGGUGAGGAGGAUGGUUGACUUUCCCUGGCAAACAGGCUUUUGCCCAACAACGCUCCAAGCGCUGCAUGCCUGCCAUUCCAAGACACAUCGGAUGUAAUUAUCCGUGGCUGCCUUGCUUCUGUGCUAGGUUGUUUUACUAUCGUUUGUAAGUUGGUAGAAGGAAACUGCUUUGUUGCAUCUCCUAUGGAUGCCGUUCCUUCAUGGCCUAUGGCUUCUGAUCUUUGUGGAAAAGAGGAGAGAGAGUUUUAAGCUUCUGGCUGCAUAGCACUCAGCAGGCCCGCCUGGGAAGUGAUUUGUGCCUGCCAACCCGUCUUUCCAGCCCACCCUGGGUUCACCGCAGUGUCGUUCACUGAAACCUAUUUGUCAGUUAUCUCAGAAGUAAAGGAUUUUUCCCCAGAGGCCAUGACAGUGACCACUGAGGUAUGAUGCCUUUUUAUAUGUAUCGGCUAAGAG